CCAGACUGAACUGAUCUCCCUCCGUCGACACAAGAGCAAGUGCCAUGCAUUCCCCUGGUCAACAGCUGCUUCCGACAUAGAGGUCAUUUUACCUCUACUUCAACUUGUUUUGGCCCAGAGGAUGCUGGGAAUGUGUCGUGGGCGCAGGAAGUUCUUGGCGGCCUCCCUCGCCCUGCUCUUCAUCCCAGCACUCACCUGGCUCUACCUCUCUGCUUGGAACUUUCAAGUGAAGCCCCUCCCACUUUCACCUCUGGAGCCCCAAUCAUCGACCCUGGUAGGUGGCCUUGGGGAGCACGAGGCAUUGGAGCUGCGGGUUCGGGAGGUCGAGGAAGAGAACCGUGCCCUGCGCAGGGAACUCAACAAGCCCGCUAGGAGCCUGCCGGCUCGGCUCCCACAUGCCAGUCACCGUGGCAAACAAAACCGAACCCACUCAGAGGAGGGCACAGGGGACAACGAAGGGCAGAAAGCAGGGGCAGCAGGAAACGGCACAGACUGUUUGCAGCAACCAGGGGUGGAUAAGUGUGAGACCAUUCACGUGGCCAUUGUAUGUGCUGGCUACAAUGCCAGUCGGGACGUGGUGACCUUGGUGAAGUCGGUCCUUUUCCACAGGCGGAACCCCCUCCACUUUCAUUUCAUCACUGAUGCUAUCGCCCAGCAAAUCUUGGCCUCUCUGUUCCACACCUGGAUGGUCCCUGCUGUCCGUGUCAACUUUUAUGAUGCUGACGAGCUCAAGUCAGAGGUGUCGUGGAUCCCCAACAAACACUACUCUGGGAUUUAUGGCCUAAUGAAGCUGGUGCUCACCAAAACCCUGCCCCCAGACCUGCAGCGAGUCAUCGUCCUGGAUACCGACAUCACUUUUGCUACCGACAUCGCCGAGCUCUGGGCAGUCUUCCACAAGUUCAAAGGUCAACAGGUGCUGGGUUUGGUGGAGAACCAGAGUGACUGGUACCUUGGGAACCUUUGGAAGAACCAUCGACCCUGGCCGGCCCUGGGCAGGGGCUUCAACACAGGUGUCAUUUUGCUUCUCCUGGAUCGGCUACGGAAGCUUAGAUGGGAGCAGAUGUGGAGGUUGACUGCAGAGAGGGAAUUAAUGAGCAUGCUGUCUACCUCCUUGGCAGAUCAGGACAUCUUCAAUGCUGUGAUCAAGCAGAACCCCUUUUUAGUACACCAGCUGCCCUGCUUCUGGAACGUUCAGCUCUCGGACCACACCCGCUCUGAGAAGUGCUACAAAGAUGUGUCUGACCUGAAGGUCAUCCACUGGAACUCUCCUAAGAAGCUGCGUGUGAAGAACAAGCACGUGGAGUUCUUCCGGAACCUGUACCUGACGUUCCUCGAGUAUGACGGCAACUUGCUGCGGCGGGAGCUCUUUGGCUGCCCCAGCGAAACAGACCUGAAGAGCGAGAACCUCCAGAAGACUCUCUUGGAGCUGGAUGAGGAUGACCCAUGCUAUGAGUUCCGGCGGGAGCGUUUCACAGUACACCGCACACACCUCUAUUUCCUUCACUAUGAGUAUGAGCCGAGUUCUGACCACACGGACGUCACCUUGGUGGCCCAGCUCUCCAUGGACAGGCUCCAGAUGUUAGAGGCCAUCUGUAAACACUGGGAGGGCCCCAUCAGUCUGGCUCUCUACCUGUCAGAUGCUGAGGCACAGCAGUUCCUACGUUAUGCUCAGGGCUCAGAGGUGCUCAUGAGCCGAGGUAACGUUGGCUACCACAUCGUCUACAAGGAAGGACAAUUCUACCCGGUCAACCUGCUGCGCAAUGUGGCCAUGCAGCAGGUCAAAACACCGUACAUGUUUUUGUCAGACAUUGACUUCCUGCCCAUGUACGGACUCUUCGAGUACCUCAGGAAGUCAGUGGUGCAGCUUGACGUGGCCAACACCAAGAAGGCUUUGGUAGUGCCAGCUUUUGAGACGCUGCGCUAUCGCUUGUCCUACCCCAAGUCUAAAGCCGAGCUUCUCUCCCAGCUGGAUAUGGGAACACUAUUCACCUUCAGGUACCACGUGUGGACCAAGGGCCAUGCACCAACUAACUUUGCCAAGUGGAGGACAGCCACCACACCCUAUAGAGUGCAGUGGGAAGCUGACUUUGAACCCUACGUCAUGGUGCGAAGAGACAGUCCAGAGUACGACCGCAGGUUUGUCGGCUUUGGCUGGAACAAGGUGGCUCACAUCAUGGAGCUAGAUGCCCAGGAGUAUGAGUUUGUGGUCCUCCCCAACGCCUACAUGAUCCACAUGCCGCACGCGCCCAGCUUUGACAUCACCAAGUUCCGUUCCAACAAGCAGUACCGAGUUUGCCUCAAGACCCUGAAGGAGGAGUUCCAGAUGAACAUGUCGCGGCGCUACGGCUUCGCUGCACUGAAAUACAUGACGGCAGAGAACAACAGCUAGCCACCGCUGCAGGGCCUCACUCCCCUGGGCGUCAGCUACUGACCCGGGAGGAAGGAGGACCUCAGGAAACGGACGGUGCUCAUUUGCCCAAGUGAAAUAUUUCAGACUGGCGGCGUGAUAUUGGAGUUCCU